UCAAAGUGACAAACGUCCAUUCAAUAAUAAACAUGGAUGAUUUGGAAACUGAACAAGCAGGAGAAGCGGAGGACGAGCAAAGGUAUCCCUAUGGAGAAUAUGAAGGCAAAAGAGAUGAGCAGAUGGACAGACAUGGUUAUGGAGUUGCCUUACUACCAAAUGGUGACAUUUACAAAGGAGAAUAUUAUCAUGGAAAACGUCAUGGAAAAGGAAUUUACUGCUUCAAAAACGGUGCCCGCUACAAUGGUCUUUGGCGAAAAGGUCUUAAGCAUGGUAGUGGUGAAUUCAUCUAUCCAGAUGGGUCCCGAUACAUUGGAGAAUGGAGAAGAGAUUUUAAACAUGGACAGGGCAUCUAUCACUAUGCAAAUGGUGACGUAUAUGAAGGAUUGUGGAAUAAAGGGCAUCGGAAUGGCUUAGGCACAUAUACCUACAAAAAUCUUAAUGUAUCUCAAUAUGGAAUUUGGAAAAAUGGACAGAUGGAAGGGCCAGGAAUCACAAAUUAUCCUUAUUUUAGAUUUCAUGGUUCAUUUGAAAAGAAUCUUCCUAAAGGAAAAGGCUGUUUCACUUUUGAUGAAAAAUAUAUGCAACAUGGUUAUUACAUUAAUGUGAAAGAUACCUCUCUUAAUUCUGUUGGAAAAGAAGAACUGCAAAGUGAUGAAAGCAAUCCUACCAAUAUAAUACCAAUAUGGAGGGCAGAAAGUAUCAGCAAAUACAAACCAGAGCUUCUUCCACCAGAACCCUCACCAAUUAUAGUCCAAGAGUCAGAGGAAUCUAUGGUAGAUAUUAUUGAGUACCUUCAGAAGCAAUACAAGGAAGAAACUCACAUUGAUGAAGAACUUGGGACAGUUGCCUCACCUCUCAAUGGCAAUUUAAUGGUGGAUAUUCCAGACAUAGAUUUAGAUGAUUAAUACAUAACAAUUUCAUUAUA